AUGGCGCCAGCGAACGAGGAAGGGAGCUGCGGAAAGGGGGCAGCGAACCUCCUCCCCCUUUCCUCCGCCAUUGGUGUCGGCCACUUGAAGGACUGUCGGGGCCAAGAAGGCGUCCGGGGCGAACAUGGUGUAGAACUGGGCCACACAAUGCCACAUCUUGAAGAGAACAGGCAAGAAAGUGUGGCAUCACGUGACAAGUAUGAUUCGUUGACAACGAGGCAACUGGCUACCUUGCCUUGCCCAGGAAUCCGUCUGACGCUCACCGAAACUCUGCGUCCUCUGUCGGGCGACCUCCAAGUCCUGGGAGCGGGGCUGGGCGCCGACUAA